AUGGUCGACUUGGUCGUUACGCACCGGAUCCGGGACGCCAUCGUCAUUUUCCAGUCCUUCUACACAAAGUACUCGCCCGAGAGCGUGGAGAAGGAGUGGAAUUUGGCGCAGGUGGCGUGGGAGUUUCCCAGCCAGCGCGGAGUCAUUCGACAGACAGAAGAGAAGAUGCCGGUUGGUGGCGGCAAUGAGAAGUUGGGCGACAAGGAUGAGUCGCAUCCGGGUGGCUUGAAAGAGUCACCGCACUACUCCCCAUCGCUGUCAAAACUGCUACAAUUGUCGCCCGAAUCACCGUCCAUCUCGCACGUUGAUCUCAUCAACCUGUCCAAGGCGUUGCAGAAGAAAAUCCGCGGCAAGUUGCGACUCAAGCCCCGAAACGGCGUCUUUGAGGGCUCUCGAGCCACCCGCACCCACGAAUACGGACCCUUCAAUCUCCCCUAUCUUCUCCACGGCACCAGCGUCUACUGCCCGCCGCCACCAGAGAAAAAGAAGAAGACGCGCGAGUUUCUGCGCAUUCUGGAGACCCAGAAACGGCUGCUGGAAGAGGCCGACUACCAGCAGCUGCUGGUGGACAAAUCGGCGCCAGAAAUUACGACCAGGGGCCUCAAUGACCAUUUGGUGCACUCGACCGACCUCACAGCCCCCUCCGUCAGUCAACAGACCAAAGAACUCAAGCACCAGAUCACCACAAUCUUCAACAUUGCCCUGUCGGUCGUCUCUGUCUCGUACGCCAUCUGGUACUGGACCAAGAGCUCCGCCGGCAUGGGCGUGUCUGCGCGGGCGCUGUUGGCUAUCUGGGGAGGCCUGCUGAUUCUGGUCGCCGAAGUGGUAGUCUACGGUCGCUACGUGCGCAAAACCACCGAGGCGCGGGUCACGGAGCGCAAAAAAAAGGAAUCAAAGCAGAUUGUCAGCACGUCGGAGUUUCGGGCGGGGAAAGCAACCAUUGAAUUCCAGACAGAAAUACCGGAAGACGAGUGUCUGGAUACCGUCGACUUCACCAAGGGCAACCAUCUCAACACCGUUCUGGGCGCUACCGGAGUGCAAACCCAGACCCAAGCUGUCAACAGAAACAAGCCCAUUUUCUAG